AUGGCAAUUUCUCAAAGAAAGUCUUAUGUAAUUGGAGUUGGAAUGACCAAUUUUACCAAGCCACGCGGUCAGGUUGAUUAUCCCGAAAUGGCUCGUGAAGCCGUUGUCAAAGCAUUGUUGGACAUUGGAAAUACUUAUGAUGUAGUUCAACAAGCGUAUGUAGGAUAUUGCUUUGGUGAUAGUACUUGCGGACAGCGUGCUGUUUAUCAGCUUGGCAUGACUCAAAUUCCCGUUAUUAAUGUAAAUAAUAAUUGUUCAACUGGGUCAACCGCAUUGUAUUUGGCUCGUCAAGCAGUUGAAUUCGGAAUCGUUGAUUGCGCUCUUGCCUUAGGUUUCGAGAAGAUGACAAAAGGGUCUCUCGCAAAUUACCAUAAGGAUCGCACUAACCCAAUCGAUACUACGGUGUCACUCCUAUCAGAAAUUCGAGGAAUAACCAAUUCGCCUUUUGCGGCCCAAAUAUUUGGAAAUGCAGGCAUAGAGUAUUGUGAAAAUUAUGGUGCAACUGCUGAACACAUGGCAAAGAUUGGUGAAAAAAAUCAUCGUCAUAGUGCAAACAAUCCGUAUUCUCAAUUUAAAAAUGUUUACACAUUGGAAGAAAUAAAAUCAUCACCUCAAAUCUUUGGUCCGCUUACAAAACUUCAAUGUUGUCCUACAUCGGAUGGAUCAGCAGCUGUUAUAGUAGCAUCAGAAAAAUUUGUCAUUGAAAAUAAUUUACAAAGUCAAGCAAUUGAAAUCGUCGCUCAGGCUAUGGCAACUGAUUCUCCUGAUUUAUUGGAAAAGCGAAGUUCCAUCGAAUUGGCUGGUGUUGAUAUGACUAGAAAAGCUGCCAAACAAGUUUAUGAACAAGCUGGUAUAUCUGCUGAUGAUAUUCAGGUUGUCGAAUUACAUGAUUGUUUUAGCGCUAAUGAGUUGAUUACUUAUGACGCUCUUGGACUUUGUAAACCUGGACAAGCCCACAAGUUGGUUGAUUCGAAUGAUUUUACGUAUGGCGGAAAAUAUGUGAUAAAUCCAUCAGGCGGUUUAAUUUCUAAAGGUCAUCCUCUUGGUGCGACUGGAUUAGCUCAGUGUGCUGAAUUGGUAUGGCAAUUAAGAGGAUGGUGUACAAAUAGACAAGUGCCAAAUUUGAAAUAUGCGCUACAACAUAAUAUUGGACUUGGUGGUGCUGUCGUAGUGUCUGUUUAUAAACUAGCUGAAUUACAAGAUAAACAGAAUAAGACAGGUUGGAAGCAAAGAUUUGGUUAUAAUCCCGCUAUUGAAUCAAGAGGUAUCACUGAACAGGAUUUUAGAAAAGUCUGUUCAAAACAAAUCAGCGAAUAUUUACUGGCCGCCAAAUUGUAA